UGCACAGAGGACAGGACCGUGCCGGGUGUCUUUUGGGAGGAUGAUGGAGCAGCCUGGGGGCACGGAUGGGUCCUCUGUUGCGGGAUGGAAAGUGGUGACGGCUCUGAGCUGUGCCCAGAGCAACAAGAGGGUGCAGAUGGUGUCUCUGGUGCAUCCUCCUCCUCCUCCUUUCUCCUCCCAUUGGACGUUUGCAUUUCUGGCUCAGGGCUGUCUGCCUGCUGAGGGGAAAUCCUCCCCUGGAGUUGGGACCCUCUCUGCCGUUUUUAGAAAGCACGAGGGUGGAUCUGCUGCUGCCAGCUCAGGACCGGUGUGGAGCUGGGACCUCUUGUCCUCCUCCAAGCACUUGGUGGGCAAACAUGCUCGGCCAUGCGAGGGGGGGGAAUAUGGGGUUCCCUUUUCUGGGGGUGAGGCUGUUCCCUGCCCAGAGCCUUUUCCCUGCCAGCCAGGAGCGGAACAGGUGUUGCUGCAGCAAGGGGAAAGUUGGAGGGGUGAAGCACGGCCAUUUCCCCUCUGGGAGCCACCUCUUGUGGCGGGGUCAUUGGGCUGUUUUCUGCAGGGACCCUGCUGGCUGGCACCAGGGACCCUGCUUUCCAAGGUGAGGGGCGUUACGGAUGAGCCCUCUGUGUUCCCCAGCCCCGUGGCAGGGGAGGGCACACACCCGCUUUUUGGUCGGUGGGUCACCUUUAAUCCUGCCGGUCAAGGCCGUCCUAGAGACCCAUCUGUCACCCUGCUUCUCACGACAGCUCGUGGGAGCGGAGCAGCUGAACUCUCCCUGCUGGCCCCGAGGGAGACGAGAGGACAAGGGCAGGAUUUUUUUCCUGGUGCCAGGGCUGUGCUGUGCCAUCCCUACAGCAGCACCGGCUUGGGGAGCUCCAAAGGUUGGGGUGCCCGAAGGCGUCCGGGUGCCGUUCUGUGUCCUCGAUGUGGGUCGCGCCCGUGCUGUGGCCCUGCGGGACGCGGUGAGGAUGGGGAGCAGAGGGGCACUGGGGUCGAGAUGCUGGAACAAACCCCAGGGCCGUUCUACUCUGCCUGCAUGGAGAUCUCGCGUCCUGUGCCUGGGUGGCGUGGGUCUGCUGUGAUGUGAGGGGAUCGGGCACCUUGCUCCCCAGCAGAGGUGGAAGGGUCCCCAUGUAGGAGCAGGAGCUGCGAUGCCCUCCAGGGGCUCAGGUCCCAGCCUUGCCAAGUCCCGUGCUGGAGGACCAGGUGCUGCUGUUCCCCUCCCGGGCUGCCUUUGCACUGUGCUGCCGCACACCAGUGCCAGGCCGGCUGCGGCCCCGUGCCGGGCACUGCGCUGUGCCGGGGAGCAGCCCCAGCGCCUGGAGGACACCCCGGGCUUUCUGGGCCCUCGUUCCCACGUGGCUCUGCCAGCAGAUGUGGCCUUGGAGAUGGCUCUGAGCGCCGAUCCCCGUCCCUCCAUCCUGAGCUCCCCAGUGCACGGGUGCCCCAGAGGGAGGAGCGGCUCCGGGGUCACAGCCUGUGCCUGCCCCGCACCGUGCUGGGGCUGCGGCUGCUCGUGGAUGGAGCUUGGGCAGGAUGAGGCCAACGUUUUUGCUGGGUGCAGUGGAGCCCCACAUGCGCUCCCUGCCCUGGUCCCUGCCCCAGGAGUUGGAGGCUGGGGGGGGCUAUGUGCAGGGCUCAGCACAGCCUCAGUAGUCCCCCACCGGGGGCCUGGCUUUGCUUAGGUUUGGGAAGAAAUCCCCCCAAGGGCAGGAGGAGAAGGAGGCUUCGAUUUUUGUCAGCAAAAAAAAUCGCCCAUGAGAAAGACAGCGCUGUGGUCUAAAUUAAGUUUAAUGAUUUUAACAAAUCUCCGUGACCCCUCAAGCCCCCCAGCCACCAUCGGGCGAGCUUUGGCCUGGGGUGUGCAAGGGCAGCAAACAGCCACAGGGAUGGGGUGCGGGCCGAGGAGGGCCUGGGGUGGAGAGGGUGCUGAGUUCCUGUGCCUUGGGGGCUGAGACUGCCCCAGACUCAGUUUGCUGGUGAAAACAGCCUCCCCCCGCUGCAGGGCCGGGUUGGUGCCUGGCUUUCCUGGCUCCCGCUUUGGCCCAGGCAGCGGCCGCGUCCCCGGCGUGCGGGUGCUGGUGCCGGCGUGGGGCACGGGCAGCGGUGGGGCUGUGCCAUGGCUGGGGCUCGUGCCGUGGGGCUGUGCUCCAGCCAGGGAGAGGUGGUAUUUGGAACAAGGGCUGCGACUCAUAGGAAAUCACGUGGCUCGGAGACCUGGGGCUUUACGGGAAGAGAGAUUAGAGAGGAGAGGGGGCGAGCGCGCAGGGGCUGGUGCCUGGGGCUGCAGCCCACAGCGGGAAGCUGGCUCGCGCGCUCCUUGCUUGCACGCAGCUCUGCCACGGCUGGGGGAGCUCGGUGGGUGCUGAGCGUGGCGAGGCCCUGGGGGCUCAGCCCCGCUCCGUGCCCACCCUGAGCCCCGCUGCCGGCCGGCAGCAGUAGGCAGCUCAGCUUGCGCGGGGAGACGGCACGGGGCAGGUGGGCAGCAAGCCCUCCCUCCCCAAAGCAGAUGGUCCCUCCGAAGCGAGCUGCCCCUUCCACAUCGAUUACCCGGGCUGGAUGGUUAACGAUUGCUUUCCAGGGUUAAUUAAACUCUCCUCGUCAGGGCUGCUGCACCGUGGGGGAGGAGCGUUCCCUACCUGCGCUCGAGCUGCCUCCGACUGCAGCCCUUGGGAGGGAGCGAGCCUGUGGCUGGAGCCGGGAUUUGCUUCCAGGCCAGCACUCGCCCUCAAUAUAAAUCCAGGAGCAUGGCAGUUGUGCGGGGAGGAUCUCUGCGAUGGUCGGCUCUUCUCUCUAGGGCAUCUGAAGCACGGCGUUUGUCAAGAGCCGUAUGUUUUGUAUCAGAGCCGCAGAGUAUGUCUUUGCACUGAAAUUGUACUGAAGACCUUUGCAGCUGACCCUGGAGGAUACGCCCCGUUCAUGAGCGUUCCCGUUUAAGCUUUCUCCGGUGGCUGGUGUGCUGGUGCUACAAGAAGGGCUUUGGGGGUCUUCUGCUUUGGUUUUGGGGUGCUUUUUUUUUUUGGUUUGGUUUUGUUGUUCUGCUCCGUGCACC